AUGAAUGGUAUAGAAUUACGUCAUGCAUAUUAUUUGAAAUCAUCAGAUUUCAUGAGUAUGUUAUCAAUACUUCAUAUAUUAAUGUUAACAUUAAUAGGAUUUGGAGUAUUAAGAUUAUCAUUUGAUAUAAGUGAAAUACAAGAUAAUGUCUGGUCAUUAAUAGUAUCUACAGUAUUAUUUACAACAUGUUUAGCAGGCUCUAGACGUAAAAAUGAUAAUACUUAUGAUAAAUUCCAUAAAUGGUUCUUACCAUUAAUAUUAUUUAUUAGUUUAAUUAUGAUGAUUACAUUAUCAGCUUAUCAUGGGAUUAUUACAGUCUUAGCAUUACAUCUUGUAUUAAUAUCAUUUUCACUUACAGGUUUCCCUUGUAUAUUAUUAAUUGUUAUUAAUCUGGUUGGUAUUUCAUUUGGUACAGGAUUCCAAGUAAUUCUAGUUCGUAGAUUAUAUUCUAAACUUGCUAAUGAUGAAGUUAAUCGUUAUCCAGAACUUAUAACAACUUAUGGUUAUGGAUUAGCUACUAAAUCUUCUAUUGUACUUGUUGAUAUGGCUAUAUUAUAUCUACAAGUCUUAGGUGGUAUAUUAUUCUAUAGCCGAUUUAAUAAAUUAGGUUUAUUAAUGUCUGAAUGGAAAUUAAGACCAAGUUAUUAUCUAAACGAUUUUUCUUUUCUAGUUAAAUUAGAAAAAUUAAUUUUUGGUCAAUCUCUUGAAAAUAUUAUCAACAAGGGGAAUCAAUUCGAUGAUAGGGGGAAUCAAUUCGAUGAUAGGGGGAAUCAAUUCGAUGAUAGGGGGAAUCAAUUCGAUGAUAGAGGAAAUAAUGUGUACAGUAGGGAAAAUAAAUUCUCCGAAAGAGAAAAUGUUUAUGAUAGGGAAGAUAAAAUCUCCGAAAAGGAGAUGAAUAUAUUUGAUAAAUAUAAAAUUAAUAAUCCAAUACAUCAAUCACAAUUACCUGAUUUUAUUCCUAACAAUUCUGAUAAUUUGGGUGAUACGGAUAACUUGGGUGAUAUGGAUAACUUGGGUGAUACCACCGAUUUAGGUGAUAAUUUAGAUAUGGAUGAACCUAAACUUAGUUGGGGAAUUAUUAAAGAAUCUACUAAUAACCUUACCAUAGGUACUAGUACUGGUACUCCCGGAAAGGGAGCUAAUUCUAUGCCUAUGGAGUGUACCUCGGGAAAGGGAGCUAAUUUUACAGCUAUGGAGUGUACUAUGGGAAAGGGAGCUAAUUUUACAGCCAUGGAUUGUACUAGUACUAAAGAUAGUACUAGUGAAGAAAAUAUUAAUAAAAUUGCUGUUGUCACUAAAACCGGGGAGUCAGGUACUUUUUUGGAUAGUAAGGUUACUAGUACUGAGGGAGAUACUAAGGGAGUUACUGAGGAGUCGGGAGCCGUGGGAGCAAGCACCGUAACGUAUAUAAAAGAAUAUAAUAAUUAUGUAAAAGAAGAAUUAGAAGAUGAAGUAUGGAUGAAUUUUAUAAAAGAAAAUGAAAUGGAAUUGAUAGGAAAAAGAACAUAUUCACAAGAGAAAAUAAUAUUAAAUAAUCAAAAAAAUAUCGAAUUUGAUGAUAAUUUAAUGAAAAAAUUUACUAAAAAUUUAAUUAACAAUAAUAUAACACAAUUAAAUGAUCAACUAACUAAUGAACUAACCAAUGAACUAACUAAUGAACUAACCAAUGAACUAACUAAUGAACUAACAGAUAUGAGAGAUAUUACAUUAUUAAAUGAUGAACAAAUUAUAUUAACAAAUAUUACACAACAUUUAACUAAUGAUAUGACACAUUUAACUCAUAAUUUGACUCAUAUGAGAGAUGAUAUGACACAUAUGACAAGUGACUUGAGAGAUGAUAUGACCAGCUACAUGAAAGAUGAUAUGGCUAAGUCUAUAGAAAAUAUUGAAUAUGAAUAUAUAUAUAAAGAUAAAAAAUUACAAUCUACAACAUAUCAUUAUAAACAUUUCGAUACUAAUUCACAAUUAAGUAUUGAGAAUGAAAAGAUAUUGAAUAUGAAUAUACAAAUAAAUAAUCCAAUAUUAAAAAUGACAUAUUUAAUAUUACCAAAAUUUAUAAAGAAAUUAAUGAAGAAAUUGAUAAUAUAUAAUGAACAAAUUAUUAGAAAACGUGAAAUUAUUAAUUCUUUAUUAUGGAAUGGACCUGAAUCAUUACCUCGAUGGAAUUUUCUACAAAUGUUCUCACAUGAUCCUUAUGAACUUUUAUAUAUCAAGUGGAUGCAUUGUUUUAAUAAAUCUUUUUAUACUAUUACUAUGGUUGAAAUUAUUUUUAUUAUACUCUAUUCUUUAAUAGGUUCGUUACGGUGUGAGGUCACACGGCCACCCACCAACCACUAG